UUUACAUCAAUAUUCAGAGGAUGCAAUACAAGCAAUAACAAAACAGCUGUGUUUGUGGAUGGCUUAGAGCACAUUAGCGUCUCGGCCUCCCUCUCCUUUCACCCGUCACGGUAGUGUUUUGAGCUGCAUGCUUCACAACCUCUUCAAAUUCCUCAGUUCUUCACGCUACAUAUAUUAUCUGUGUUCUGAGAUGAUAUCCCGCUCAUUCCUUAUCACCACAGCGAGACGUUUGCCUUCUGAGCGAGAGGAAGAAAGGUCAAAGCAAUGUCAUGAAAUUGUACCGAUCGUGGUGCAGAGUGUCUGCGAUAUCGCCGCUGAAACGCCUGUUAUGUCUGCUCCACCAAAACCUUGGCAGCAGGUGGUGAUUCAAAGCUGUUUCUGGUUUGCAUUAGACUGGACCAGCUUUUUAAUGACCUAUUUAAACUCCAGCCUGAGUUCAGCCAUUCCUUUAGACCACAGAAGAAGAGUUUUAUUCUAAAAAAAUGCAAAUGGGACAAUAUUUCACCGAUGAGUCUCCACGUUUUGUACUGGUCUGUAACCUCAACCCCUCCAGGACAACCACCUCCACUUUCUGUCUUGCAGUUUAGACAUUCUUUGCCUUCCAGUGGGUAUUUUCUUCAUGAAUCUGAUCUGGCACCCCAGCGAGCGUGGCCUUGUCAUGUUUAUAUUUCCAGUCAGAUUGGGGAGGGGUGGGUUGAGUUUGUGGAGCAGACCAAUCUGCCCUUUGAGCCCUCAACACCCCUCUCUUAAGAGUCCCUCUCUAGCUAUCCUCUAAGGUAUUUUUAUGAACAGAGCCUUCCAAGAUGCAAUAACACAUCUACAUAUGUUUGACAAACUUUUUUAUUUUUUUUUUAACACUGCCUCUGUUUUCUUCGGCCUGCAGUUAGCGGCGAUAGAGUUAAACCUCUGCACAGCCUCCUGGUAGAGGUGUGUUUUUAGAUGGCCGAUCUGUCUGUUAAUUUAUUGCACGCAGAUUGAUGGAUGAUGUUACCCUGUGUAAGCUGGCUGCACACCCAGAGUCUCCCCUCAGGUGUUAUUUUAUUGUCCUCCUUUUAAGCUUCGCCGUUGUUCUGGGGGGAAUUUGAGAAACGCGUUGCUUGCCUUCCUGUGUAUGUGUGCGCACUCGUGUUGGAGUUACUAUUGACAUUUUAAGCCAGCGUGAGUAACCCUCUCCAGCUCCUCUCUUCUGGCCGUUUCUCUUAGCUCUGCCUUUUAUAGAUAAAUCAGCACCAGAGCAAAAUCCCUCUGCAAGUCUCCUACUGAUUCAUCUUUUGAUGUUUUUCCAGACAAGCCAAGAAGUAAGAACUCUCCUUGCCUUCUUAAUAAGGAACACAUGGUUUUAAACACCCUCUUUUUGCAGAUAAAGCGUCAUAUUAGUCUAAAAUUGUUCUAACAGUGAAUAUAGAAAUAAGCACGCGCCAUAGCACUAAUGUUGGCCUGUUAGCAAAGUGUGAUGGAAUAAGAAUUGACAGGCUCUGAAAAGAUUACUGAUCACAGCUAUUCCCAGAAACGUCCGCUACAUAAACUGGAGCAUUGGCAAGUUCAGAUCUGUUUUCUCGAAGUAGAAACACAGAGUUCCCAAAACAAUCGAUAAUACACACCGGGAUGCCAAACAAAAAAUCUGCCGGAGGACGGGAUCUUUCAUCACCUUCCAGCAUUUUUGUGGGAAUCGCACAUCCUUUCUGACACCUCCAGCAUUCUAGUUUUGUUUUCUCUCUGGGAGGUAGACAAAUCAUUCUGUAGUUUUGGUUUUCAUUUCCUAAUCCCAUGUCCUAAUGGAAAACAUCACAGCUUAAGUCAAACUGACUCCAACAUUUAUGCAUUUCUAUGAUGGAUUAAAUGUUUUCAUGAUCUCCCUUUGUGCUACGACAUUUGCCACUUAAGAUGAAGAUGGUAGAUCUGAUGACAGGGAGGUUUGUGUUGUUGAUGAGGUACACUAAACUCUAAACAUGCACCAUGAACAACCGACUGUCGUGCCAGAUUUUUAGCAUGGUUGUAAUAACAGUAAUAGGGGUAUGAUUCUGUUGUGUUAUUUGAAAAACCUUUUAUGUUUUUUUGUGAAAAGAAUUAUUUUAAUACACAAAAGGCUAUUGACGUAUAUUAUGUUUUGGGGUUGUUUUUUGUUGUUGUUUUUUUCAAGUUCCUCAUCCUCAUAUAGAUUAAAACGCAACAUUUACAACCAAAGUUCCUAGAACUAAGGGUUUUGUUGUUUGUUUUUUUACAAGGAACUAAAAGGAUCCUUGGGGUUGUUUGUGUUUACAUCCCAGUCUAAAGACGUGUAAAGAUUCUGCUGCUGUUAUACGAAAUGGUAGCGGCUGGAGUCCAACCUGGUGGUGCAAAUGAACUUUUUGUAGAGGAAAAAUAAUUUCUCUAUAAGUUAAUUCAGUCGUGGUACUUGGGUGGAAAAGGCAAAGAGCACCUCCAAAUGUUCCUAGACCCCAGAGAGGGUUCCUGCAGUAGAACCACAUCAAGUACUUUUAAAGGUUCCUAGCCCCCAGAGAAAGUUCCUGUAGUAGAACCACAUCAAAUACUUCUAAAUGUUCCUAGCCCCCAGAGAAAGUUCCUGCAGUAGAAUCACAUAAAGUACUUCUAAAUGAUCCUAGCCCCCAGAGAAAGUUCCUGCAGUAGAAUCACAUAAAGUACUUCUAAAUGAUCCUAGCCCCCAGAGAAAGUUCCUGUAGUAGAACCAGAUUAAAUACUUCUAAAUGAUCCUAUCCCCCAGAGAAAGUUCCUGUAGUAGAACCACAUCAAAUACUUCUAAAUGAUCAUAGCCCCCAGAGAAAGUUCCUGUAGUAGAAUCACAUCAAAUACUUCUAAAUGAUCCUAGCCCCCAGAGAAAGUUCCUGUAGUAGAACCACAUCAAAUACUUCUAAAUGAUCAUAGCCCCCAGAGAAAGUUCCUGUAGUAGAACCACAUCAAGUACUUCUAAAUGAUCCUAUCCCCCAGAGAAAGUUCCUGCAGUAGAAUCACAUAAAAUACUUCUAAGUGAUCCUAGCCCCUAGAGAAAGUUGGUACCCUAAGGGUUCCUAGUCCCACCCUGCAGUGGAAAAGCAGCUCAAGAUGUCUCUGACCGACCAAGAGAAGUAACGCGAAACACUUGAUUUGAGAGGAGACGUUUAGGAGACGGAAGGUCCAGAUACCUAAUAAAGAAAGAGUAUGUGACAGAUGGCGGUGGAUUUCCAUUAAGUGUUAUUAGUCACAGUCGGUGUACUGGUUAGAACACGAGGGAUCGCUGGUGUGAUAAUGGAUCAGUAGGCGGGUCGAGAAAGGAGAGUGGGAGUAUGAAUGCGAGUGUGAAACAAGCCCACCGCGGCUUAACCAAACUUUAUAUUAGAUUUAGCCUGCGACCAUCAUAUGAUGCUUUCUCUUCUGUUUGCAUUCUUCAUGGCAUUCUGACGGCUUGAGUGAUCUCAUGGAAUUCACAUGGGAUUUUUCCUCAAGAAAACACGUCUGCGCUCAGCUGCUGUUACUCAGACUUAAAGUCUCUACAUGGGUCCAUUUGACUGACUGAGAACUACACUAACUUUCUGAAAUGUAUAUGACUUUGGGAUGUGAAGCCAGAUUACUGGAUGACUGCAGCACUGAAGGGGAAGGAAAAUGUGGAUUCUAAUUUGGAUUCUGCCCCUCAUGGAUUUUACAGAAGGCCAAGACGGCACAAAUAUACUGCGACACAGACGUAGCUCUCCGGUGAGCAGCGUCUGUCAGUCAGGAUGUGCGACAUGCUCGGCCUUGAAUGGCUGCUUGUCCUGUAAACCUCGUCUCUUCUUCCACCUGGAGCUAGAUGGGAUUCGGCAGAGGGGCGCCUGUCUGUCCUCCUGUCCCCGCGGCCACUAUGGCAUGCGCUCGCCACACAUCAGCACCUGCUCCAAGUGCAAAGCAGACUGCGCAUCUUGCUUUAGCGAACAUUUCUGCACACACUGUCACCCGGGCCACUUCCUGUUCCGAGGCAGAUGUAAAAGCAGCUGUCCGAAAGGGCUCACAGCAAACACAGCACUGCGGGAAUGCAUAGAGUGCCCUGCAGGCUGUGAGGUGUGUGCGAGGAAGAACAUGUGCACGAGGUGUGGGGCAGAUAUGUACUCUCUCCACGGCCAGUGCCACCACACCUGCCCCAGCGGGUUUGAGCCCGACGCACAGCUAAUGCAGUGCAUCCCCCAAAGUGACAGAUAUUCCUUUUCUCCCGAUGUCCGCCGCGCAUUUGAGACAACGAGCCCGCCAGUGCAUCUCAACCCAAACAAGAUCUACGCGUCAACGACGACGAGAACGACAACACGCGUCGUUCUGCUCCCGACCAGCUCACUGUGAGGUUGGGGGACGAACGGACUGGGGCCCAUGUGUUUGGGGAAACACAGCAUGUGGGCCAAGAGGGGGGUGGAGAUUCGACGAGUCCUGCAAGCUCCAUGGUGACCCCCGCCCACAUGGGUCGGAGAUCAGAAAGU